UAAUAAUAGAAAUAUGAACUACUCAAAUAAUUUGUAUAAGGUUAGGAUAUUUAUUCAAAACUUAAGGCUUCUUAUUAGAGCUUGUGAUAAUCUCAGAGCUGGAUCUGUUGAGUAAUUAAAGACUCAUGGGUAAUGAUUGGGGGUACCAGUUUAAGAUAGAGAAUAUAAGUAUGAUCCUCCUGAGAUUUGCUUUUUUAGCUAUAAGGGAAGCAACCAUAAAAAACUAAUGUUGCUUUAGUGGAUACAACUGGGAGAAUUAUACAAAUAUGGACCUUUGAU